UGUUGCUACAGCCCAACCCUAUGGGACUGUAUUCAUUCGAGCGUCCUCCCAGACUUUCAGGAAUUAACAUUAUUUUGUACAAUUCUACUAGGCAUAUGGGAAUUCUGGAUCGACGACAAAGCUGCGCAGUACCCUUUCAAGGCUUCCCGAUAUCACUCACGCCACUCCAGAACUAUACUCCACUGUCGCAGAGGCCCUUGCCAAUUGUGGAUCGACAGCACGGGCGAUGCACAUAAUGCAUACUCUCAACAACACGCACAGCAACCUUCCCUCCAUCAAACCUUUUAUCGCCCUGGCACGUCAACAUGUCAAGACCGGCAACUACGAAGCCCUUCGCAGCGAGUACAAGAUGUGGACAGCCAAGGGUCAGAGUUCAGCCGUGAAUGACGCCAGCAUCAUUGAUCUGCACCGAGCGAUGUUGUCAGCCAGUGCGACCGCUCUCGACAGGAUGGUCAGUGUGGUUUCGAGGGUGCUGAAGGAUCGCCAAGCAAAUACGUUACCGGACGAUGUACUCCCGGGCAUGAUGACACCGCCCCAGUUAAGCCUCCUACAGUUCGGCGAAGCCUCGUACCUGUGGAUCCGUACCCAGGAGGCCAUCAACGGCAUUACUGAGGACCGAUUGACACAGGAAGAUUACGACACUAUCAUGCGGAUCUUGACACGAUUGAAUCUUUUGCAGCCCUCGCAGUGGUCGUUGGAGAAGCAUGCUAGGAAGGUGAUCCCGGAGAUGAAGCAGCGUGGACUGAAGCCCUUAAAGUCAACGUAUUUCACAUUGAUGGAGACGAUUGCUCGGACACGCGAAUACGGUGCGUCGCGUGGGAAUGGACAAGUGGCUAGGCAAGCUAGGAAGGUGUUUGAGGAGAUGACACAGGAGGGCUAUGCUGCUACAUCGGCCAAGGAUUUCAGACCGUUGAUCGAGGCGUGCUUUGGAAUCUACUCGCACUCGCCAUUUGUGGCGGGCCAAUGGAUGUACUCGAAUCAGCUCUAUCCAGUGUGCAACAGUGCACUCGAAAAGGUGGAGCAGAUGAUGCAGAAGGCUCUGGCGCCGGAGGAUCAAGGCGAGAGCAGCAGCAGCACUGGCAGCAACAGCAUUCAUAGGUACCACGAUUCUACAACGAUUGCGGCCUUGUUGGCAGGUUUAGCGCAUGGCGAUCAAGUGGAUGAGCUUUGGAAGCGGUGGGAUGAUCUGGCACUUCAGGGAAUCGAACGUGAUGCGAAGUUGUAUCAGACAGUGAUUGGCGCGUCCCAGGGACAAGAAAAGUUGGCCCAAUAUGUCCUGAGGACGGUUCGGUACGAGAUGCAGAAGGAACAGCCGCCUAUCCCUAUGACACCAGAGAUCUUUUCAGGACUAUUGAACUGCUGUGUUCGUGCACAGGAUACGAUUUCGGCGCGCAGUCUGAUUGCGCAGUGCUCUUUGUCGGGCGAGAUCCAAAAGUCAGCAGAGUGGUACGUGCCCAUGGUUCGGACGUGUCUGGUGUUGGAAGGCUUAGAGGAGGAGGGGACGUUCUUGUUGGAGGAGAUGAGGAAGAGUGAUAUGAAGAUGGAUAGCUUCUCGGGCUCGUUUUAUGAGUUCUUGAUGUCGUACUUUGUCACGAAGCGGAUGGACCAUCAGGCAGGAAGGGAGAUAUUCAAAAGGUUUGUCCAGAGUGAACAGCAGAAGAUCACGGAGCUUUUAGAGGCCAGGGAAAGGAUGAAGCAUAUCCGGUUGGAUGAAGAGCUCGAGGACGACCAGCAGCAGGUGCUGAUAUUUUCGAAUAAGGAGCUGACAAAGCGUGCACGGCGACUCCAGGCACCUGUCGAACAUUUGGUGGAGAGGGUCGAUAUCUCAGCAAGAACUGCAUCGAUGCUCAAUCUUUUGAUGUUAUCGUACAUCCGUGAACGGAUGACUUUGCUGGAACAUGAGCAGCGGUCGGGCUUUGGCGCCGGUGCACAGGAGCACCUAAGGAAUGCGCGGGCCGUAAUUCAUUGUUUAGUGGGCGAGAGAAAAGUCCAUCAAUUGGCCCAGGGAAUGGGAUUGCAGACGAGCUCGGUAUCGAUACCCAACACAAUCAUUUCAUCCCCAGAAUCUCAGGGAUCGGAUUCACUUUCGCGGCUGCUCGACCAAUCCCUGCUUACGUCCCAGUCCCGCGUACCGGAACCCGGACACCAGAGCAACGGCCGUCUCAUCUUUGUGAACAAGUACGCUCUGGGCGAGUACAUUGAUACGUGCAUCAAGGAAGGAUCACCCGAGAUGCUGGAGGAGGCUAGCUGGGCCCUGAACAGGAUCAUGCCCCGAGUCAUUGGUGAAGCAAGGAUCGCCAAGGAUACACAGAGGCUCAGACAGGCACUGGAGAACGCACGGAGCAGACAGUAUGGGGAGAUGGACAUAUGAAGCGAUUGAAACAUAGACAAGAACCUUAAAAAAUAGACAUGUAAAUAUUACGGCUGAAUGGUGUCAUAUUAUUAUGGUAUGGGCAAAUG